AUGCCAGCAGCCGAAGGCAUCGUCCUGAUGCUGGAGUCGCAGUUCGAUGCCGACACAAUCCCAGAGGCAGCCAUACCAGCCAGCCACGCAUCCGACGCGUCUGACGACCCACGAUUAGUUGAUGUAUACGUCCCAUCCUACCUCGCAUCUCAGUUUUGGAUCUCAUGCACAAUCAACCCAGCCAUGCUCGCGCCAACCCAUGCGCCAACAAAGUACAUGUUCUUCAAGCUCGUCCUCGACGAGGAGUGUAUCGUCAGCUGGGGUGUCGGAGAGGCAGAAGUAUGGAAAGGCAAAACCAUGUGGGCGUUUUUCCGAGGAGAGGACCAUGGCGGUUGGCGUACUGUUGACAAGCGCGCCUUCUUCUUUCGCCCUACAGGCGACGACCAAGACUUCGACAUCCUUGCGUAUCGCGCCAGGGGAAGACGCAGGGCGUGCAGACAGUUCGACGAACAACCAUCCAUAGGCGAAAAGGGCUUCGAUCUUGUCAACUGGGGCCGUCUCAAGGAACAUCACCCUCAGAACUUCUAUCAGUAUGCUCUUCUGGAUCCACUUGACCAACCGUACGCGACCUUCCGCUAUCACAUACGAAGCGGUCCUCACAUCCACGCCCGUAGCUCCGAUCAGGACUUCGACCAAAGCAGCAACGACUCCUAUGUCAGCACAGCCGACCAGCCUUCGAGGCUGUCAGAAGAAUUACAAGACGCGUCGCAACUUCGCAGACUGUCUUACCCGCCGACCAUCUGUCUCGUCCCCACCUCUUCACGCACCGAGCCUUCGUCACCCACAAAGCUGGACGCAGAGAUGCCUUUUGCCUCAGAGCUGAAUAUGUCAAUUCUAGAUCCGGAUCCACCCAUCACGAUCGAGUCCCAACCAGAGCCUGAACAACCCACUACAGAAUCGCAGCCAGACGCCUUGGAGCAGGAGGAACAAGAGCGCAUGAGCAUUCCGGAGACGGUCGUUCGAAAGUACUCGGUGCAAACGCCUACACCUCUGGAGACAGGACAGCAGUUAACGGAUACAUCACCAUCAAGCCUCCGAAAGCGCAGCGGAGCAAUGAUCAAGGGUUGGUUUGGAAGCAUUUCUAAGAGAAGAGCUACCAGAUCAACAUCCCCUGUCCGUCCGUCCUUGUCGCACAAGACCAGCUCGGCGUCCCUGUCUUGA